CAAAGAAGAAAAAAAGGAAAAUCCCACUGUCACCCCUUCCCAAGGAAGCUCCUACAGUGAAAGAAACUGGAAUCGGUGAAACCACGCAUCUCAGGUCAAAUUUCGCCAUAAAUUCGCAACGAAAAUUCGAAAAUUCUACUCGAGAAAUAAUCAAUCAUGCCGAUUGCUCAACCUAACAUGAAUCCGGCGAUCCAUCUAGCCGCCGCCACAUUCCGCCACCACCACCGCUGCCGCGUGCUCCAGUUCCGCCACUGCUUCGUAUCACCGAGCAUCACUUGCUUCCGCCGCCUCUCGCACGUAUCUACCAGAGUUAGAGCGAUCUCCACCAACCAGGCUCAGCCGGCCGAUGUUGACAAGCUCCCGAACAAACCGCCGAUAUGCACCGCCGACGAGCUCCAUUACGUCACGGUAAAAAACUCGGACUGGAAGCUCGCGCUCUGGCGCUAUAGCCCGUCGCCGCAGGCUCCACCGAGAAAUCAUCCGCUUCUGCUGUUAUCAGGUGUCGGAACAAAUGCCAUUGGAUAUGAUCUUUCUCCUGGGUCUUCAUUUGCCCGUUAUAUGUGUGACCAAGGAUUUGACACCUGGGUACUAGAAGUUCGAGGGGCAGGAUUGAGCACCCAAGGGUUGGAUUUUGAGGAUGUUGAGAAGUCAGCUCAUGCAUUAUCUGAACAAAUGGAAGCUGCUGCAGAGAGAAUGACUAAUGCUACGACAGUGCAGAGUAAGACUUCUCAUGCAAUAUCUGAACAAAUGGAAACCACUGCAGAGAAUACUAAUGGUGCUCUCCCUGCCAGCCAGAAAUCAACCUCAGUGCAGAGUAGCUCGGAAAAAUCUGAGACUUCUGUGAUCAAUGAAGAACUAAAUGGGCUUGCAACAGCAUGGGAUGAAUCUAGACUGGUGACAGAAUUGACACAAACUUUUACACGCUUGUCAGAAAGACUUUCUGGCUUUCUUAGUGAGAGUCAAUCAAAGAUCAUGUCAGCGAAAUUCUUUGACGGAAUAUCAGAUCUCUUGGAGGGUUCCUUUAUAUAUGACCGUUUUAGUGAAGUAAGGAAAAACAUUAUGAGUUUGCUGGAUAGGAGGCAAAACUCUGGUGUUGCUAGCCAGAUUAGAGAUCUAAGUCAAAAAUUAGUUGAUAUCAUUGAUGAAGCUCAGCGUUCAGUUUCGCCUCAACUUUUUGAUCUUUCAGAGCGUCUAACAAAAACUUUACAAGAUCUCGAGAAGCAGUUGGACUUAAUUGUCAAAUAUGACUGGGACUUCGAUCAUUACCUGGAAGAGGAUGUUCCUGCUGCGAUGGAAUACAUAAGGGCCCAAAGCAAACCAAAGGAUGGCCGGAUACUUGCUAUUGGUCAUUCCAUGGGGGGAAUUUUACUAUAUGCCAUGCUAGCACGAUACAGUUCAGAAGGAAGAGAUCCCGGAUUAGCUUCUGUUGUUACAUUGGCCUCGUCACUCGACUACACUUCUUCUAAAUCAUCUCUCAAACUGCUUAUUCCUCUUGCUGAUCCUGCUCAGGUUCUCAAUGUGCCUGCUGUUCCUCUAGGAGCAUUGCUAUCUGCAGCUUAUCCUCUUACUUCUAGUCCGCCUUAUGUAUUAUCAUGGAUGAAUGACCUGAUAUCAGCCCAGGACAUGAUGCACCCUGAGCUGUUAAAGAAGCUCGUUCUUAACAACUUUUGUACUAUUCCAGCUAAACUAUUGUUGCAAUUAACUACUGCUUUUAAAGAAGGAGGGCUCCGUAAUAGAAACAAUACAUUUUUUUACAAGGAUCAUCUCCCUAACAGCAAAGUUCCUGUUUUAGCGCUUGCUGGAGACCGCGACUUGAUCUGUCCACCAGAAGCUGUAUAUGAGACCGUAAAGACCAUUCCUGAGCACUUAGUCACCUAUAAAGUAUUUGGAGAACCUAAUGGUCCACACUAUGCUCAUUACGAUCUGGUGGGAGGACGACUGGCCGUUGAACAAAUAUACCCCUGUAUAAUCCAAUUUCUUAGCCGUUAUGACUCGGAUCAGUAGUCAUAAGCAACCUUCACAUUUCUCUGGCACUAUUAUAAUCAUCUUUCUGGAAGUCAUUGGUUCUGGCGGUCCCUUGGGCGAAGUUAACUUAACCGUGCUGGUGAGAUUUCCUAGCAACACACUUCAUCACCAUCUCACACGACGUAGUGGCUUGUGGUAUGCUGUUUCUUGCUAGAGGAUUCUGAAUGCUUGAGACCCGACUAAUUUCAUAUGAAACAAAUUACCUGCAGCUUUUGUUGUGGUUUACUUUCUAGUGUGUAGUCAUGCUUUCAAUUCUUUCCUUCAAAAUCAGUACUUGAUUUCGGUUUCCCCUUUUAGCCGACCAGUGUGAACUAGAAUGGAGCAUGCGAUAUCUGUAAAUGAUGUACAUCUCUUAUAUUUAUGAUCGAUGUUUUUAUCUAAUGAUAUUUAACAAGUACCGAUGAGAUUA